AUGAUCAAAGUGCCGAUCGGAACUUGGGCGAAGGACGAGCGUCUGAAAGAUCUCGGGUAUAUGAAUUUGGUCCAGAUCACCGAUGGACUCGAAGCUUAUAACAUGAGACUGUUUACCGGAGUCCUUGGGUGGACUCAGAUGGAGGCUCAGGUGCUCUUUGCUGAAUGUCGCAAAGAGAUGAAGUCGAACCUUUACCACGGCCAUUGUCAGUUUCACGUGGUUUAUGGUCAAGUUCCGGAAGCCGACGCGAAGUAA